AAACAAUAUCUUCAAGUAUUUUUAAUCUCAUGCUUGCAUUACAGAUAUUUUCACAUAACGGAAUAGACACAGAUUACGGAAGAGUCCAAUAAGUAUUACAGGUAGACGUGCCUCCUCUUACUCCUGGGAAAACUCCAGCUGAGCUGGAUUCAAAGCAAUAACCCUGCAUUUCAAUAACUCCAUGCGCAUCAUUGAAAGAAUAGAGAAGACUUGGAAUUAGUAAUAAAACAGAAUUUGCAUUAUAUAAACAGGACUGGCUGACACUGGUGCAGGAGGGAAACCAUCCAGGACAUUUUAUACAUCUCCAGUGUCUUAUCACCUGUAACAACUGCGUUUUGUCCACUUAAGCAGGCUACUUGAGCAAUUUAAUAGUUUAGAGACAAUUUGCAAUGUCAAUUCAAUCAAGUCUCUAAUUUGAUCAAAAAAUUUCUCAUGUCUUCCAACUUCUUACAAAUCGGUGAACAAAGAGAAACCUAUAAGACCUACUGUAUGUUUUAUAUAGAUUUAGAUAAAUUUAGAGAAAUUCAUCCUUUGUGCUGUCUGUAGGGGGGCCAACUUCACAGAGCUACUUGGAGAACCUCGCAGCCUCUAGGUGACUCCAAGUCCCAUGAUGCAACGCUUCGCCUGGACGGAAGUGCCAAUGUUGACGCGUCUGAGAAAUUUCCUGGCAGCAGUUACCAUAAAACGAAGAAAACACAAACUUAACAAAAUGGUGGAGGUGAUUAAAAAACUUGAAAUGUCGUUUGCAAAGCAACUCGCUGAAGAUCUGAAGCUGAAGUCUGUAGUACUAUCAGCUCAGUAUUUGGAUCCACUCAACAGGGGGAAAAACAACUAUCAAUCGAAAUGGAUGUGCGCGUAUAUACGAGAACUUGCGGGGUCUGUGCUUCUGCAGGAGGCCACUGCAAUCUUGUCUUGAACAUAUGAAAGUUUACAAACAAUAAGAGGUCUUUUCCUCUAACUCGCUCGUUUGGUUGCGAGUAGCCGUGGCGGUGAGGCAGAUCACGGACAGUGUGGGACACAGCCUGGGCGCCCUGCUGCUCCUCAUCGCCAGCACGGAGCAGGAGAACCGCGGACUGAGGCGGCGAAUGCAGACCUGCCGCCCCGGACAGGCGCCUCCUGCGACCCGGGCUGGGGAGACCGAGAGCGCAGCGGCCCCCAGCAAGACGGCAUCGCCUUCAUCGCCGCCAUCCUCCUCCUCCUCGGGCUGUGAGCGCCCCAAGCCCCCAGACACGGAGAGACAGGAGCAGAGAGCCCGGGUGCUGGGAGCUGGAGAGGCCGGCGCUCUCCCUGACACUGGGGAAAGGGCUCCCACUGAGCAGCAGCACUGGGGGCAGGAGUGGGGCUCCAGUCUGAGGCAGGAGACAGAGCCCACAGCUACUGGAGGAGCUCGGGGGACUGGAGUCUGUCCAGAUGGCAGAGACAGACAUGGAGGGCGUCCCACAGGGACUCCCCAUGCCGGGAUCUGAUCUGAGCUCCAUUAACGUUGCGCGUCAUUCCAGGAUACUGUCCAGCCCAAGGUCUUCUCAAAUGGGAAAACAGACUGAUAAUCUGAAUCUCAUUAAACCAGAACAUCACAAUGACCUACCGUCCUUCAAUGGCUCUGAGCUCAGUUCCAUUAAAACAGAGAUCGAACCCAGUCUGGUGUCUGAUUACAUUAAAUUAGAGAUGACUGGGCUGGAAUCUGCUGGCACAGCAGACUCAAGGGAGUGUCCAAGUGUUGACAGACUUGUUGAGGUCAGAUCAGGUUCUAUUAAACCUGAGUCUGUUACAGAACAAGUCAUUAAAUCAGAGCCCGAGCCCGAUGCUGAAGGCCAGUGUGUCCUGCAGUCUGCGGGCUCAGGAGAGGGGCUCAGUGCAGGGAGUCAGAGCCCUGAACCCUCCAGCACACCCUCCCCCUCCACGCUGUCUGUGAGCACCAGCACAGUGGAGACCCCCGGAGACCCUGCGGACUGCCAUCGCUGUCCCCAGUGCGGGAAGACCUUCAGGACUUUGAAAUACCUGAGGAGACACCAGCGCAUCCAUACAAAAGAGAGACCACAUUCCUGCAGCCAGUGUGGGAAGAGUUUUACUCUGUUCGCAUCAUUGAAAACACACCAGCGCAUCCACACAGGUGAGAAACCGCACUGCUGCCUCCAGUGUGGAAAGAGGUUCAGCCGUUUAGGGGACCUGAAAAACCACGAGCAGAUUCACACCGGUGAGAAACUGUUCUGCUGCACUGAAUGUGGGAGGAGUUUCAGUGAAUUAGGAUCCCUGACAGGACAUCGGCGCAUCCACACAGGAGAGAGACCCUAUUCCUGCUCCCAGUGUGGGAAGAGCUUUCGAGAGUUAGGACACCUGAAAAGACACCAGCGCAUCCACACGGGAGAGAGACCGUACUGCUGUACCCAGUGCGGGAAGAGCUUCAGUGAGUUAGGACACCUGAAAACACACCAGCGCAUCCACACGGGAGAGAGACCCUAUUCCUGCUCCCAGUGUGGGAAGAGCUUCAGUCGAUUAGCAAACCUCAAACCACAUCAGCUCAUCCACACAGGAGAGAGACCGCACUGCUGCUCCCAGUGUGGGAAGAGCUUCAAUAGAUUAGCAAACCUGAGAACCCAUCAGCGCAUCCACACAGGAGAGAGACCCUAUUCCUGCUCCCAGUGUGGGAAGAGCUUCAGUGAGUUAGGACAACUGAAAAAACACCAGCGCAUCCACACGGGAGAGAGACCGUACUGCUGUUCCCAGUGCGGGAAGAGCUUCAGCGAGUUAGGACACCUGAAGCGACAUCAACGAAUGCACACAGGAGAGAGACCCUACUGCUGCUCCCAGUGCGGGAAGAGCUUCAGCGAGGUAGGACACCUGAAAACACAUCAGCGCAUCCACACGGGAGAGAGACCGUACUUCUGUACCCAGUGCGGGAAGAGCUUCAGAACAUCGGGAAACCUGAAAAUACACCAACAGUUCCACAGAGGGGAGAGGCGCUUCUGCUGCUGCGAGUGUGGGAAGAGUUUCAUCGAUUCAUCGAGUCUGAAACGUCACCAGCUGAUCCACGAGAGAGAGAAAUCGGACAGGCGAGCAGCUCGCUCUCCUGAUGCGGAGUCACAGGACUGUGGGGCGUGAUCCUGGAAUCUGGCUCCAGUGGAAUAUGAGGUCAAGGUCCAUCGACACUCAUGGUGAAAGCUAACACCAGGCCAAAGCAAAGUAACACUGCAUUUAAUGAGAGAGUCUUUAUUAUCCCCAAGGGGGAAAGUUGUUUUACAGCAGCAGUGUUGGUGUACAGAUGGACAGAAGAAGAAAAACAACAGGAACAACUAUAUACAAUAUACAUACAUAUUUGCAUAGAAAGUCAAGUGUUAAGUAAGGAUAUGGCUACAGGUAUGAAUGAGAACUUAAAUCUGUUGGUUUUGGAGUUGGGGAGUCGGUAUCUGCAUUCUGAUGGGAGUAACUGGAAAUUAUUAAACAAGGGGUGUGAGGGAUCCUCACAGAUGGAUUUUACUUUACGCAAAAAGUCCUUCUGAAAGAUCAGUGUUUAAGCUGUUGUCCUGUGUCUCGGACUCUGGGUUGUUACUGCCUUGGUGUGGAUUUGAAACCACCGAGGGCAGAAACAUUCGUUUCCAUGAAAAGCAUGUUGUCCAUUAUCACACCUCGUCAGGUGAGAAACUGUAUUCUUGGUUUAAAAAAAUCAUUUGUUUUGUUACCAUGGAAAAAUACAAAUACUCAGUUGAUACUCUUGUGUUAUAGCUUUAAUUUGAAAUAAAUUAACAUUCAAGACAUUC